UUGAUCAUCGACCCAGUUUGCUGCUUCUUCCCAGUCUUGGGUUCAAGGUCUUGACCACCAUGAAGCUUCUCAUCCUUACCUGCCUUGUGGCUGUUGCGCUUGCCAGGCCUAAAUAUCCUCUCAGGUACCCAGAAGUCUUUCAAAAUGAACCAGACAGCAUAGAGGAAGUCCUCAACAAAAGAAAGAUUCUUGAGUUAGCAGUGGUUUCACCCAUUCAGUUUAGACAGGAGAACAUCGAUGAACUGAAGGAUACUAGGAACGAACCAACCGAAGAUCACAUCAUGGAAGACACUGAGCGAAAGGAAUCUGGAAGCAGUUCAAGUGAGGAAGUUGUUUCCAGUACCACUGAGCAGAAGGACAUUCUCAAGGAAGAUAUGCCCUCCCAACGCUAUCUGGAAGAGCUUCACAGACUGAACAAAUACAAACUACUCCAGCUGGAAGCUAUCCGUGACCAGAAACUUAUUCCAAGAGUGAAGCUGUCCUCCCACCCAUAUCUGGAACAACUUUACAGAAUAAAUGAGGACAACCACCCCCAACUGGGGGAGCCUGUGAAAGUAGUGACUCAGGAACAGGCAUACUUCCAUCUUGAGCCUUUCCCACAAUUCUUCCAGCUUGGUGCCUCUCCCUAUGUUGCUUGGUAUUAUCCUCCACAAGUCAUGCAAUAUAUUGCUCACCCCUCAUCCUACGACACCCCUGAAGGCAUUGCCUCUGAGGACGGUGGAAAAACUGACGUUAUGCCACAGUGGUGGUGAAGAGUUAAGUGAAUUCUCAGGAACUCCACAAUUAUGGCCUUUGAUGUGACUGAAAUUCCAUGCUCUAAAUUUCUCCUCCACGCCUAUCAUGUAAAACCUUUCCAUCCAAAGGCUUUGACUGUUGUCUUAGAAUAGGACAAUCCCAAAUUGAAGGCAAUCUUUCCUCUUGAGUUCUCUACUGUAUAUUAAAUAGUAUAUCAUUCUUUUCCUUAAGAAAAGUUGUCUUAACAGUUUAUCCCAGUUGUAUCAUGCCAGUAUGAAGGCCACCAAAUAGAGGGUAUUAAAGUCUUUAUCAAAUUUCUAUAUGGAAAUCUUGCUUAAAAAGCCUUUGAAUUGCUUCUCCUGUAACUGCCAUCAUUUCAAAAAAUUGUGGGCAGUAACUGAGUUUUUUUUCUUUCUUCUUUUCAAUAAAUUACAUUUUAAGGCACA